AUGGCAAGAGAAAGCUCCAAAGACAAGACCAGCAGCAAGCGAAGAGAAAGCAAGUAUGAUGGUGACGACAAUGAUGAUGAUGCUAAUAAUAAUAACAGAGAACACAGACAUAGAUCAUCGAAACGUCACAGCAAGAGACGGUCUUCCGUAGAAGGAGAGAAGGAUAAAGAUCGCAAACAUUCUUCGACUCGCAAAUCUUCUUCCAAAGGCCGAAGCAAGAGCGGAGAUCGCAAACACAAAGACCAUGCUGAUUCUUCUUCUACUAAGGCUACGACUCACAAGAAGAGAGCUUCGAGUGUGGAACACAAAGAAAAAGAAAAGUCUAGUAAUAGACAUUCGCGAAGAACCAGCCGGACCAUUGAGGAUGAUGCCAGGGAAGCUUCCAAGGCUGCUCCUUCUGCUGCUGCUGAAGAACCCAAGCAUCACCGAUCUUCUAGUUUGGAGAAUCGAAAGUCUCCUUCCAUGGAGAGGAAUGAAUCAGAAGCGACACCAGCAGCUGCACAAACAUCUUCUUCUCCUUCUCGUCCUCCUCCUACAGCAGCAGCAGCAGCAGCAACUACCAAACCAUCCGUUGCACAGCGCUCCUCCACAGCACCAUCACCACCAAGAUCUUCCAAGCCUGCCGAUCCCCCAGCACCAGCUGUUGUUGCUGCUGUUAGUGCACCCAAGCCAACACCACCCAAACCACAACCACCAGCCGCUACGACUCCCACUUCGGUGGGACAAUUGCGACAAAAGCUGGAGGCUGCCGCUGCUACUUCUCGGGCAGCUGCUACAGGACAGGCGCCAGCAUCACCAGCCAAGGCACCCCAACCAGCAGCAGCUUCCAAGACCGCAGUGACUCCACCUGCAGCCCCAGCCUCCGCGUCUUCCACUCCUUCCAAAACGUCUCUGCAAUCGGUGGGACAAUUGCGACAAAAGUUGGAGGUUGCCGCAGCUACUUCUCGAGCGGCUGCGGUCCAUGCUCCUCCUUCUCCACAACCAGUACAGGCGGCCACUCCAGAAUGGCAACAAUUGCUCCAAGAAGCCAACCUUGUGCCAGCAACCACCACUACAACAACUAGUGCAAGUAGUACACCGGCACUUGGAAUGGCAACCACUACCACCACCAGUAAGGCGGCAUCCUCUUCGCCUCACAGGAAACCAACACCCACUUCUUCUUCUCCGGCCCGCAGUACACCUGCCAAAAAUCCAUACGACAAGGCCCAAGAACAAGUCAUUCGAGCACCACCCACACCCACCACUCCGGGAAGACAAUCCGUGGGACAAUUGCGUCAACAAAUGGAAGCCAAGGCUGCUGCUGCAUCUGCGGCGUCUGUAGUAGUGGGACCACCAUCUCCCAUUCGAAAGACGGCACAAGCACCAUGGGUCGUGCCUUCUACUACAACUACCACCACAACAACGAAAACAACAACAACUUCUACUUUACCCAAAUCAUCACCAAGUCGUUCUUCCAAGGUGGAGGAGAUUCGUCAAAAGCUGGAAACUACCGAACAACAGCAACAACAACAACAACAACAGCAACUUGACACUACCAUGGAUUCGGGAGCAGCCGUGGCAUUGUCUCCCUCGAGACAGUCCACGAAUGAAAUUAUUCAAAAGUUCAAUCGAUCUUCCAGCAAUCGCAACCUGCAGGACGAACAUACUGAACGAAGGGAGAGUGGUAGUAGUCGUGGCUUGCACCGUGAGCCCAGUCGUCGAGAACGUUCUUCUGCAUUGGAGGAUACUCCGGAUCGAGGAGGAGCAACAACAACAACAACAAGAGGAGAGUCUCGAAAAGAUUUGGAACGAAGCUCCAGUCGAAGAGGAGGACAUGAGGAUGGAGAUCGCAAAAAAGAUUCGAACAAUUAUCGUCGUCAUUCAUCGGAACGAAAUUUGGAUCGACAAAAGUCCAAGCGUAAAACUGAUACCACAAAGACGCUCAUCACAUCCACCACCACACAAAGCACCCUCGAUCUACAGGUAGCAGAGCAAGUAGACCUUGAUGCAUCCAAAGACAACAACAAGAACAAGAAGCGCAAACGCAAAUCCAAGCGUCAAUCUCAAAAGAAAUGCCGUGGUCCGGUAAUGUGUCUCAUUGUCUGCUUGCUGCUAUUGGGUGUUUUGGGUGUGGGUGCAUGGAUGUGGUUGCGCAUGCGUAAUGUAAGAGCCCAAGCUGUGGACAAUGAACCACUGUUCGGUGGUGAUGAUAAUACUGCUGCUGAUUCCAUACCCACACCCGUCUCACCCUCUCCUCCUAUGCCUACCACUAUGCCUGAUGUGAUACCACCCACAUUCAAACCAACGAAUAUACCAACUGUUGAACCUGGAUUGCCGACUGUUUCUCCUUCUCAAUUUCCAACGAUACAGCCUACUGCAACAGCAUCUUGGGGUCCUACCAUUCCUCCAUCCGAUGUUCCAUCGGCGGCGCCAACCACCCAGUCCGAAUGGAUUGGAAAUGUCAUUUUUGACGUGGCUCGAUUCGGUGGAGAAGAGUUCAAUCGGCCAGAUACCUACCAACGCAAGGCGAUGGAAUGGAUCUUGGUGGAAGGAAACAACAUUGCCAUUGCAGUUUCCAAUGAAAUGUCCUACGAAGAGUUGGUGGUCCAACUCUACGCCCUCGCUUGUACUUACUACAGCACCUACCAAGUCGCCAAUGAUGUCACCAGUGUCUUGCUAGACGCCGAAGAAGUUGGUCCUUGGAUCAAUUCGGAUCGUUGGAUGAUGUCGGCUUCCAAUGGCGGAUGCGACUGGUUUGGAGUGAUUUGCAAUCGUCGUGGACAUGUGGAAAAGAUCAGCUUGCCCAACAAUGGGCUCAGUGGAAACGUUCCUCCCGAGCUUUCACUACUCAAGGAUUCCAUCUUGUACCUUGAUUUGUACAAUAAUGACAUUCACAAUGUGGGUGAAAAUGGAAACUCCUUUUUGGGUGAAAUGACCAAUCUUCAGUACCUCUACUUGGGUCAAACCUUUUUCGAGCACGAUGGGAUUCCAACCCAGUUGUCACGCCUCUCCAACUUGGUCGAGUUGGACAUUUCCUUCACCUCUUGGUUUGGACCAUUGAAGUCGAAUCCUUGGUCCAGCCUGGUCAAUCUGGAAUACCUCGUCAUGAAUGGCAAUGUAUUCAACAAUACGUUGCCAGAAGAGCUGGUCCAAUUGCCCAAGUUGCAAUACUUGUAUGUGGUGGACAGCUUUUUGAAGGGUGACUUGGAAUGGGUGUCUCGCAUGCCGGCCAUUCGCGAGCUGUGGAUUGACAACAAUCCAUUGUCCGCGGAAAUUCCAGACUCCUUGAGCAAGGCUUCCACAUUGGCCAGCUUUUCCGCCGGCAACUGCGGUUUGACUGGAGGCAUUCCAGCUUCGAUGGGCGAUUUGGCGGAUAGUAUGACCCAUUUGUGGUUGAAUGACAAUGAUUUGACCAGAGCCAUUCCUGGAGAUCUCUCCAGGCUAUCCAAUCUUCAAACCUUGAGUUUGAUGGGCAAUGGGUUCAAUGGCGGAGUUCCAAGCGAAAUCUGUUUUGAUCUUUCACGGUUGCAAACGAUCGAAGUGGAUUCUUCUGUCCCUUGCGAAUGCUGCACCUGCUGUGGCCACAACAGCCUCUCGGUUCAGAGUGCUACCACUGGCACCAGAUAA